CUAGUGGCAUUCUGGCUAUUGACAAAGCCAGGGAGCCCAUCACAUUAGUACUGGCAGAAGAUGGCACCAUUGUGGAUGAUGAAGAUUACUUCUUGUGCCUGCCAUCUAACACCAAGUUUGUGGCACUGGCCAAGAAUGAGAAAUGGUCCAGCAAAAGCCUAGACAGUGGAACAACCUGGUUCUCAGAGUCUGUGGAUGAAGUGGACAGUGCUGCAGAGAAGUGGAAGCAGCUGGCCAGGCAACUGAAGGAUGACCUGUCUAAUAUCAUCUUGAUGUCUGAAGAAGACCUCCAGGUGCUUAUUGAUGUACCACGUUCACACCUGGCAGAAGAACUUUCCCAAAGUCAACCUAAAAUCCAGGUAUUGCAGGACACCCUGCAGCAGGUGCUGGACAGACGAGAAGAAGAACGCCAGUCAAGACAGCUUCUGGAACUCUACCUAGAGGCCUUGAAAAACGAAGACAGUAUCUUAAGCAAAGUAGCAGAAUCUGAGACUGUACCAAGAAAAGAGAUGGAUGUGGUUGACACAGGUACCAGCAGUACAGGCACUUCAGCCAAAAUGGUGCUCAGUGACCAGAUCCUUGCUGCUCUGAAAGAGAAACCUGCUCCAGAGCUCUGCUUGGACAGUCAAGAUCUAGAGCUAGUCUUGAAAGAAGACACAGAAGCCCUGGCCUCGGCUCUAAGAUGGGACAAGCAGAAAGCAGAAGCUCUGCAGCAAGCCUGUGAUCAGGAGCUCUCCAAGCGUCUACAACAAGUGCAGACUUUGCAUUCCCUAAGGAGCACGUCAAAGGGCAAGAAAACUCUACCCUGGGGAGACUGGCUUAACUCAAAACGCAAAAAAUAAG